UGGUAGGGAUUCUUCAAGUUCAGCUGAGAGAGUGCUACAGAGUUGAGAAGAACUUACUAUCGUCAGGUUCCUUGAUUAAACUCGUAUUUGGAAUUCUUCUUCUUCUUCUUUUUCAUCAUCAUCAAUUUAUUUUAUAACAUCAUUUCAACUGUAUAAAUAAUCGCUAUGAAGACAUUGUUAACACUGUUGGGUUUGAUUACCCUAAGUUUAGCAAUACCACGUCCACAAGGUGACAGUUUAGAUAAUUUGAUAAGCAAUGUUUUUGGUAGACCACCUUCCUCGACUACUGCUGCACAACCACAAAAUACAAAUGGAGAUUUGGAUAGCCUAAUUGAUAAUGUUUAUAGUAGAGAUACUGUCAGCACUUCACCACAUACUAUUCUUGGAACCCAAAAUCAACCUACUAAAACAAACAACAAUUGCGAAUGCGUUCCAUAUUAUCAAUGCAAGAAUGGAACAAUAGUGGACAAUGGAGUUGGCAUCAUUGAUAUCAGGUCCAGUUUUAAUGAAAGAGUGGGAGCAUUGGAUGGGCCUUGUCAAAAUUAUUUGGACGUGUGUUGCACACCAUCAAAUCGUUUGGUAGAUGUGACUACACGAUCACCACCAAUUCCAAAUCCAAAUCCAAACCCAAUUCCAACGGUAAGGCCUAAGUGUGGUCAGAGACAUGCUAAAGGUGUUGGUUUUAGGAUUAUUGGUGAUACAAAUAACGAAUCACAAUUUGGGGAAUUCCCAUGGAUGGUAGCAAUUCUUAAAGAAGAAAGUAUUGGACCAAAUGGAAAGAAAUUAAAUGUUUAUCAAUGUGGUGGUGCUUUAAUUACUACAAGAGCUGUCCUAACAGCAGCACAUUGUGUUAAAGGAGUUAACCCUUCAGAACUUCGUAUACGUGCUGGUGAAUGGGACACUCAAACUAGUAAUGAAAUUCUUCCAUAUCAAGAUCGUUCUGUAGACAAAAUUGUGGUACACGAACAGUUCCAUGCUGGUGCUCUUUACAACGACAUUGCUGUUGUAAUUCUUUCUAAACCAGUUGACAUAGCUGAGAACGUUGAUAUUGUUUGUCUACCUGAUAAUAGCGAUGUUUAUGACGGAAGUAAAUGUUUAGCCAGUGGUUGGGGCAAGGAUGUCUUUGGUAAGGAAGGACAUUAUCAAGUAAUUUUGAAAAAGGUUGAAUUACCUAUCGUACCUCAUGAUACUUGUCAAAAUGUUUUACGUGAAACAAGAUUAGGCAAAUAUUUCAUAUUGGAUCGUACUUUCAUUUGUGCUGGUGGUGAAAAAGGAAAAGAUACUUGCAAGGGUGACGGUGGUAGUCCAUUGGUCUGCCCAUUAAAGGCAAAUCCUAAUUAUUAUGUUCAAACUGGAAUAGUUGCAUGGGGUAUUGGUUGUGGUCAAGAUGGAACUCCGGGAGUUUAUGCUAACGUUGCCGAACUUAAACAUUGGGUCGACGAACAAAUUGUCUUUAACAAUUUGGAUAAUACCGUUUACCAAUACAAACCUUAAAAGAGACUGACAAUUUACUUUUAUUUUUAUCUAUUAAUAUUGCUUAUUAUUUUUUCUUUUUUAUUUUUCUUUUCAUUUCUUGCAUUUUAGCAAAUCAUUUCUUUUCUUUUGCAUCAACAAUUUGCGUACUUGUAUUCUUGCAUCUCGUAUGUAACAAUGUAUAGACAGUACAUAUAUAUUAAUUAUUGCUUUUCUGACGAAAUAAAAUAGAAAAUGACCGGUACUA